CCGAUUCUACAUUCAAACGCGUACAGUCCAGUCAUACAUAGUGCCGAUAAUUGAGCGAUUUCGACGAAAAUUUGAAAAUCGAACUGGAUUUAUUUAUACCGAGCCAGUCUUCCAGCGUCAGUAUUUACGUGAGUUCUAUUUUGGAGCGUUUAUUACGGCGGUAGCACGGGCGGCCCCGCGCGAGAGUCGAGCCACUCUGCUGAUAUUAUAUUCUGGAGCACGCCCGCCUUACUUCACGUUUCGAGUGUUCCUUCUAGCACCUAUGAGUUUAUCUAGUCUACGUCACACUGCUCGCUCGGUGCAGCCGCUUGCAUCGUUAAUAAACGACCAGUAGUGAUAAUAUAAUACGUCCCACGAGACCUACCUCUUAAUUACGACAGGUAAAAACGUUAUUUUAGAAUGAAAAUCGAAGAUACAAGGACCGAAGGUGUUCGGGGUUGGGAAUGUACUCCCACCAGUGAGCAACCACCGAUUCAGGAGGAUUCCAAAAGCUGUCUUCCAGUUGGGCUUAAAGGGUGGAGACGGAAAUCGCUGUAUGCGAUCGUAAUAGUCCUAAUGAUACUUAUAUUUUUGAAUAUCGCCUUUACUUUGUGGAUUAUAAGUAAUUUAAGCCUGACAAAGAACGGCCUUGGUCCAAUAACAAUAGUUAAGGAUGGUAUUACUUUAGAUGGUAAAGUAUGGGUUGUCGAAGAUCUAAUAGCGUCGACAAUUUCGUCCCAAACAGCGCAACCUAUUACAUUACACUCGCAUCGGAAUUUUACAGUUCUUGUCUCUGAUGACCAGAAGGAGCAGUCAAAAUUGAUUUUAAAACGCGACUCCGUGGAAUGUACCGGAAAUGCUUUUGAAGUGCAAGACGCACGUGGUGACCGUAUAUUCUACGCGUCAAAGGACGAGGUACGCGUAUUCGCAGACGCCCUAGCGGUGGACGGGGCGGGCGGCGUAGGGGUGCGUAGCGCCCUCCAAGCGCCCAUCGUACGUGCACCGCCAGGGUCAAAUUUACAAUUGGAAUCCUUAACACGAAAAUUAGAUCUACGAGCACCACACUCCAUUUAUUUAGAGAGUAGGGCGGGCAGUAUUGAUAUAACUUCACAUAAUAAUAUUAAACUGGAUUCAGUUGUUGGUGCAAUUAAACUAGAUGCCCCGAACAUAAUUAUCGAGAAUCUCAAGGAAGCAACCGCAACGAAAGAGCAGAAAACUUCAAGAAAUAAGAAAGUGUACCAGCUUUGCGCCUGCGCUUCUGGGAAAUUGUUUUUAGCAGCUCCAGACGCACCGUGCUCUAUGCACGAAAUGGAUACAGAGUUGUGUCGAUGAUGGAUAUUUACUGGGCACAUAAGAAUUUAUAACAAAAAGGACCAAAUUCAUAUAGAAAUACACUAUCACAUUAACUAACUGUCAUUUAUCAUUCGUCACCUGUUUACGUUGUCAUGUGUCAAAUUCUAUAGUUCAUUAAUCUGUGCAACUGCAAUAAUGUGAUAAUUGUCAUAUCGUCUUAUAUAUUUUAU